AUCCACCACACCACACCACAGCCAGACAGACACCCAACCCCAGUACCACCCAGGUCUAUCUGUUGGCGGCCUUCCGAAGGUUCUCGUAGUACAAGAGACACCUGUCAUUGGCCCGAAUGACGUACCGUAGCUCGUUCUCAUCCCGCACGCCGUGGAUGGUCAGGCCCUCCAGGCUCUUCACACGCGACAAAGCGACAUACGCCUGACCCUCGGCAAACGUGCCGGCGAGGCCCACCUCAGCCAUGUCUAUGGUCAUACCUGCAGACGGACACACAGAAGGCGUGUUCUCGUGAGUGACUUGUUAAUUGUUGUUUGUGUUUGUGUGUGUCGGUUGGUUGGUUGGUGACCUUACCUUGCGAUUUGUGUACGGUGAAUGCCCAUGCGAGUACCAGGGGGACCUGCGUUCGUGUGGCCACCACCUGGUUGCCCACCUGCACACACACACACACACACAGUCAGGCGGAGAUGAGACCGAGAGAGACACGGAUGGAUGGAUGGAGGUGUUUGUGUGAGCCGUCCGUCUGGCAGGACGUACUCUGACGUCAAAGCAAGUCGCGUUGAUCUCGUGGUCUUUCGACCCCGCUGCACCGGGGAAGUGCACCAGCAACUUGGGGUGAAUCCUAAGUGCACAAAACACACACACACACACACUCACCCUUUCGCACACACAAAGGAGUGUCCUCUGUCUGUGUGUGCAUUUGUUUGUGUGUGUCUCCCUUACUGUGUGACAACCCCUCUCGCGCCGUUGACGAGGUGUCUGGAGGCGUUGAUGGUCUUGACCAAAAUGACCUGGGCGCCCUUCUUGAGUGUCAGAUGGCGGGGGGCGUUGGUGGCCAUGUCCAAAUCGAUGCCGCCGGGCCCUGCAUCCAGAUGAAAGGUGUCUGUCAUCGAUGGGGUGCGUGCGGGCGAUGGAUGGAUGGAUGGAUGGAUGGCCCACCGGUGUUGUCGACUGCCAGGAACUCCCUCGUCUGUCCGGGCAGCUGGCGCAGCGACUCACGGUUCAAUUCAUCCACCUCCUUCCUGAGAAGAAUUCCCCACACACACACAUCAAUCGGCUGGCGUGUGCGUGUGUCUCCCCACCUUCUCGGCAGCAGUUUGGUGGCCACGACGCCCGCCUUGCUCUGACCCUGCUGCUGCUGCUGCUGCUGCUGGCGGCCAUUGAUGAGGUGUCUGGCGUGUGCCAUGAGAAGUGUGAGUGUUGCAGGUGACGGGUUGCCGAAGCGGAUCUCGUUGAGGAUCGAGAUGAACUGCUGGUUGGAUUGACGGAACACUGACACCUCGCACACACAGAUGUGCCGUGCGGUUUGUGCGUCAGCCUUCAGGCCAGGCCAGUCAGGUAUACCUUGUGUGAGCUCGACAGUGUGCUGCACCGUCUUGCGCCACGCAUCAGUCUGCUCAAGACACGCCGACAACGUCCACACACGCAUCAAUCACCCAACGUCUCCGCCAUCUCACCUCAAAGGCGAAUAUGACGGGCAGCUUCCGAACCCCCCUGCGUGAGCCCGUCGACGCGUUGCUCUGCAGACUGGCCGUGGAGUCGCUGCGUUUGAUGCCCGGCGGCCCGCGGGAUGACGAUGCAGCAGCAGCAGGGAGCGAUGCGGGGUCGUUGGGUGGAACAGGUGGCAGCUGGAGGAAAUCGCCAGAGAUGAGCAACUAAAUGAGACAUACAGAGGAGAGCUUAGGAGACAGCGAAGAGCCAUGGCUACAAGUCAUCGAGUACCUGAAGGCCGCCGAAGGGCUUGUGACAACCACGGAGGCGACGCCCCAGCUCUGAUCAGGGGAGGGGAGGGGAUGGAUCGAGAGUGCGUGUGGGGUGUCCUGUGCCUGCCUGCCCACCUUCCAGCUUUUGGAAGAAGCGCCCCUCCACCAUGGAGAUCUCGUCGAUGAUGAGCGUCUUGGCCGACGUCCAACGCUGACCGGCAGAGACGCGGACAUACAUGUACAGUCCAUGUGCCUACCUUGAUCAGGUCUGCCGUGGCCCAUUCGUGGCAUUUAUUGUGGUGUGUGGUCAGGUCAGGUAAGGUACCUACCUGCAUUGCCUGGAAGCUCUUCGUGACAGACGACACGAUGCGAUCGACGGUGUCAUCAGAGUUCUGAAUGCCUGGAUCAAGGAGGGAAAAAAGGCCAAGGGAAGAGAAUACAGCAGCAUGUUUCAUGUCUGUCUGCUCCUGCACUCAUGGCAUGUAUGUAUGUGCGUGUUCCUGACCUCCGAACUUCUGGAUGGUGCUGCCGCCUAUCUGGCAGGCUGCGAGGCCCGUCGACGCCGUCACGAACAGCGUGUCCUGGGGGAUGAAACUCUUGAGUAUGUGGAUGAGGUAACUCUUGCCAACACCUGCCAUGGAUGGAAACACGUACAGAUACAGAUACUACAGCGCACAUGCGGUGUGAGUGCACUCGUCUGCAUUAAUGUAAGCCAAGCCCACCAGCCCCGCCCGUGAAGAAAACAUUCUUCCCAUAUCUCGCCAGGUUGACCACCUGAAGACACACAACCAGAGCUCCCGGUCUCUCUUGCCUUCCUUGCCCCUUCUCACCUUCUUCUGUGCCUCCGUGAGGUUGUCAGCCUCCGGACACAGUGCCAGCGGCCUCGACACGGCCGACACCCCCGACACCCCAGACCGCCCCGACCUUCCUGACGAGUCGCUUUUCCCGCCGGGUGAGGCGUCCCUCCUCUCCCUUUCCCGCUUCAUCUCAUCCGGUGUGGGCCGUGAUGCGUUGCGCUUGGCGGGGUGUAAGGGAGGGAGGAGGCUGCCGCUGUGGUAGUCGAUCUGUCGUUUCAGGUCCGCACGGCGGGGCAGGACGGGCUCGGAAACAAACGAGUUGGCGCGGGACGGAGGGCGACUUGCGACGCUCGAAGAGGGCUUCGCAUACGGAUUGGCCUGUUGUGCAGGCUGCUGGCGGGGUUUGUGAGGACCCUUUGCCGCCAAUGCAGGUCUGCCCUGCGGCCGCGUCGAGCGGCCCUCCACUCCCAAGCCAUUCAUCAGCGCCAGCACCUCCUGCCUGAUGGUCCGGAGGGUCUGCGGGUCGCCCUGGAGCAUCACCUGGCAGUCCUUCUUCUUAAAUUUGAAUGACAUCUUGCCCUCGGCCUCCAGCAACCUGCAGGCACGACGGACACACGAAUGCACACACGAUGGAUGGAUGGAUGGACGGAUGGAUGUGCCGCUUUGUUCAAAGUUUGUUGGUGAAGCCUACUUACUUGUCAUAGAGAGUGAAGUCCCAGAGGUGGAACUGCUCGGCGGGCUUGUUGCGCAGGCAAAUGCACAGAUGUUUGUUGCGGACAUAGACGGGUACGUUGCGGUAGGGAUACUGGCACGGGCUGCCAGAAGACGUACCUUUCUCUAACACCACAGACGCCACACUUUCAGGCACAGGCGAUGUCAUUCUGUGCAAACCGGGGAA